AUGGCCCCAACCAUCGCUAUUCCGUUUUCCGGCGCGGCGGCGGCGCAGACGAAGGGCGGCGAGGAGGCGCUGCGGCGGAGGAACGAGGAUCUGGAGAGGGAGCUGAGGGACAGUCUGGCGAGGGAGGAGAGGAUGAGGAGCGAACUAAGGAGGGCCCUGGCGCGGCUGACGGUGGCGGAGGAGGCGGAGGAGCGGCUGUGCUGCCAGCUGGGGGAGCUGGAGGCGGAGGCCGUUGGCCGGGCCCGGGAGUAUAGGGCCCGAAUUGAGGAGCUCAUGGGGCAGCUCGCCGGCGCUAAGGAGAUGCUGAUGCAGAGGAGCUCCUCGUUUUCAAGCACCGAUUCUCAAUGA